AAAAUGAUUUUUUUAAACAGAAAAGUAAACGUGUAAAUGGGAAAAUCUACAAAACCACUGGAAGCACGGUUUCCUGUCUGUGUGGCAGCCGGGAAAUAUGCAUUCCCAUCCUGACCCUCCGUGAACAGCAGGCAGUUGAAUGAUCACCAAGAACCGGCGUACAUUCUUUCGGAUUGUAACGGAACCGCUGGUUCGUGUUCGAAUGUUUGCCAGUAAGGCGCAAUCAUCUCUGCGCAAACGCGCGAGCUUCCGGUUCUUGUCAGGCCGUCUCCCGGAUCGCCUGGUAAUGGUGCUUACGAUGGUGUUGGCACCAGGCGCCGAAGAAUCACGCCCGAGUUCCCGGUCAGCAGCAGCACGAUGGAUACCCUUCCGAGUAUUCGUAAUGCCAUCAACGAUCCCAACCAGUGCCGGCUCUGCAUGCGUGUCUGCGAGGACAGUUUCCUGGAGCACAUCUUUUCCGAUGAGGAGUACAGCAUCGCGCACCAGAUAUUCGAAUGUACCUCGAUACGGGUCACGAAGCAGGAUAACCUGACGAAGAUCUGUAAAAAUUGUGCCUCGUUGCUUUUCCUCACCACCGAGUUUCGGAAUGCGUGCUUCAAGACAAACCGGCUGCUGAUGGAGGACUUCGUUAUCAUGGAACUUGGCGAUUGGGCUUCGGACGCUAACCGGCUGCUGCUGCGCGAAUGUGAAAGCUUCAUCGUGCGCCACCGAGAGCAGGUGGACUACGUGUACGCCAGUAUCGUGACCGAUAGCGAUCCGUGUCUGGACGGUUCGCUCGAGCUGGGCACCGAGCUGUUUCGUGCAGAACGGAACUCGCCAGCACAGCGUGAUUGUGGUGACGAGCCGGUUCGUCGUCUGGAAGCGGUGGCGCCGCUAGUGCCCGAGGAACCCGACCCGGAAAUACUGAUGGAGAUUUCUAAAUUCCUGGAAGAGCAAGCACCGGACCCGGAGCCAGCGAAUUGCCAUGGGCACGGUCACACUGAGACACGGUGCAUCCUCUGCCGAAGCCUGAGCGAGCAAGGUAGUACGCUGACGCAAAGGCAGCUCGAUACGCUUCGACUGCACAAGCUGACCGUCCCGAGUGUGGAUUUUGCCGAGUGCUUUGUUUGCGAGCAUUGCUGUCUGUUGCUGGAUAUCAUGGAGAGCUUUCGGAAGAUGUUUGUGGUCGCGCAAAGCACGGCACGGCACGGAGAUGUGGACGUUCACGUGAAACCGUCCUUAGAAGGCUUACCGGCGCAUGCAAAGGCACUGCUGCAAGUGAUGAAACAGAAGCAAGAGGCUUACACGAGACACGAAAGCGUGGUCGAGCAGACGGUAACCGAAAGCGACAGGCCAGCCGAUUCGUUGUCGCCGAUCGAGAAGCGAAAAUCUAAGCGCUCAAGCGAGCCCUGUAAGCGGGCAAAGGUUACGUGCCACAUCUGUGGUAAGCAGUAUGACAGCUGGCGGCUACAGACGCAUCUCAACGAGCAUGAUAAUGUUCGGCCGUACGUGUGUGACCAGGCGGGAUGCACCAGCGCCUUCACCGGGCUUGUCUUUCUCAACCGGCACAAGAAGCUAUGGCACACGGACUACUACUACGCGGUGUGUGGCGUAUGUGGAAAACAGUGUAAAACACAAGGCAUCUACCAGACGCACCUGUCAUAUCACGAAGAACCCAAACUGCCCUGUACCAUCUGUGGUAAGCUGAUGCGGAAUAAGCGUGCCAUCUGGAAACACAUGAAAACGCACAGUAACGAUCGGAAGCACGUGUGCACGGUUUGCAACAAGCGGUUCACGAUCGCGUACACGCUGCGCGUGCACAUGCGCAUCCAUACCAACGAGAAACCGUACCCGUGCGGUCAGUGCGACAAGCGAUUUCAGUACAAGUGUCUGCUAAAAUCGCACCACCGAAAGCACCACGAGGAGGCGCUGCGCAUGGAAUAGUG